CGUGCUCUCAGCUGUCGCCAUGAACCGCUCAUUUUCUCCAAACCUGACUCGACCUAACCUUCCCUUGAGGAAACCAUCAUCGAGCCCCGUGGCUGUAUCCACCGCGUCUCCUCCUCUGAAACAGUUCGCCGGGCUCGGUGCAACACUUAUCCUCUCCGCGUCUGGCGACACUGGAGAGGGUCCUGCCAAUUCAGUAGUCAACAGGGAUAAAUCUGCAGUGCAAGGAUCCAUGCCAUCAGCACUGACUGUAUACUUUUGCAAUUACUGUGGUCAUCAAGGGAAUUUUCGGUGCAAGCGCUGCAAGAAGACACCUUACUGCUCUGUGGUGUGCCAGAAAGAAGACUGGAGAGCACACAGACACGUGUGCAAGGCCAUUGAUCCAGAACCUGCAAAAGAGAAACCAAAGGAAACCACAGUUUCGCAUGUGACAGGAGACGGAUUUGGCCUACUGGAGUUAAAGCAUGCUGAUACAUCCAGCCAACAGAGGAUCUAUUUGAAAAACUUGCAUACAAGCAAAGUCAUUACAGGAACAGACAUCCAGGCAUCAGUUGUAGAAUUCUACAGCCCUGGCAGGUUUUACCUCCUUGCCCAAAGGCCAGAGCUGCUGGAAGCUUUGCAGGUCAUCAGCACAGAGCUUCAGAAAACUUACAGCUGCUCCUCAGUAACAACAUACAUGCCCUGUGUUGGAGAGGUUUGCAGCGUGCAGUUCUCCUGUGAUCUGAAAUGGUACAGAGGCCUGGUCCAGACUUUGGAUGCUGACCAGAAGAUGGCUAAUAUCCUUUACAUUGACUUUGGCAACGAAGAAGAUGUCCCUUUGGAUAGGAUUAGACCCCUCACUGCUGAUAUCCAGCCAUUUUGUCCAUGUGCAAUGGAGUGCCGUAUCGCUGGGGUGGUGCCAGUGACUGGCAACUGGUCAGGCGAGUGCUGUUUUGCAGUGAGACAGCUGCUGGGUGGCAAGACUGUGACUGUUCAGCUGGUGGAAACUCUAGAGAAUGGUCGCAUCCAUGCCGUGGAUAUCCUGCUUUCCAUGGGAAAGCUAUUGAGCACAUUCCUCCUUGAGCAUGGCUAUGCAGCAAAGGAAACACUCAAUGUAACACCAACUCAACAGGAUAUAAAUGCCAUGAUGAGUGCAUCCUUGGAAAACUUCAGGCGUCACUCAAAUGGGAAGGAUGACAACACCUGGGCUCAGCCUCCGGAUCCUCUGACACAGGCACUGGGUGAUUCCUUCUCCGUUGUGGUCACCCGCAUCCAAUCACCCAAUGAAUUUAUCGUACAGAAGGUGGAAAACGCAGGAGUGAUUCACGAGCUACAGUUGAAACUGAGGGAACACUGCUGUCAAGUCCCAGCCCCCCACACCUUCAGACCAGCACCUGGCACUGUUUGCUGUGCCCAGUUCUCAGAGGACAAGCAGUGGUACCGUGCCAAAGUCUUGGCUUAUCCAUCAGAGGAACGUGUCUGUGUUGGCUACCUUGAUUAUGGCAACUCCGAGGAGGUGGAUUUAGGUCACCUACGUCCUAUAAGUGCUUCAUUAUUGGCCCUGCCCAUGCAGGCAAUGCCCUGUGGUCUAGCAGGGGUGCAGCCUGUUGACGACAGGUGGUCAGAGGACUGCCUGUUGGCCCUGCAGCGAAGAGUGUCGAACAGGAUUCUGCGCGUUGAGAUUCAGGGAGCUCACGAGGGCAAGGCUUUGGUGGCCAUGAUUGAUGAUGCCAGCGACCCUCAGGCCAACAUAGCCGAGCUGCUUAUCUCUGCUGGUUAUGCUGCACCUGCUCCUGUUACAACCAGCAGCGAACAGCAGGUUGACCGGACGACAAUUGCAGCUGCUGAUCCACAUGUGCCAACCCCAGCCUCUGAGCCUGUGGUGUGGUCUUUUACUGAGAUUCCCUGUGAUGGCCAGACAGUGGCACUGCUAGCCAGUGUCGUGGAGAACCCCGGAGAGUUUUACUGCCACAUUGACAAUCCCACAGAACUUCAGCGGCUAAUAGAGCUUGUGGCAGAGCUGAAGAAGCAUUGUGAGGCAGAUAACUCACCUUUUGAGCCCAAAGUGGGAGAGCCCUGUUGUGCCAUGUUUCCCGGUAAUGGAGGGUGGUAUCGGGCUAUGGUGAAGGAGCUGUCGGAGAACCAAGUGUCUGUAAUCUUUGUGGACUACGGUUACAGCAUGAAAGUAGAAAAACACCAUCUUAGAUCCAUCAAACCCCGAUUCCUGACUCUGCCCUUCCAGGCAAUUCGCUGCUGGCUCGCAGGUGUGGAGCCCCUGGGUUCAGAGUGGGGCAGUGAAGCCCUGCUGUGGUUCCAGACAACGGUGGUUUGCAAGCAGCUCUCUGCGCGUGUCCUUUCUGUAACUAAGCAGGGCUAUGGUGUGGAGCUGGAGAGCAGAGGGCAGAAUGUGGCAGCUGCCCUAGUUUCCAAGCACCUAGCCAAGGUUUCUGGAGAGAUUCCCAAAGAGACCCAUGAUACCACAGGCUCCGGAGCCAAAUACCUAGAGCGUGCAAAGGAAAAUGAGCACAGCCAAAUACAUGCACUGGCCUUCAACCAGACAGGAGCCAGUUCCAAAGAGAAGCCAACUGAAGCGUGGACUGCAGUGUCGUCAGAAGAUCAGCAAGAGUUCUCAUCUUUCCCGGUGGACUGGAAAACAGUGGAGCUGCCUCUCGGCGAGACCUUUAAACCUUACAUUGCAGCUGUUACUAGUCCGUCCCUCUUUUACCUGCUUGGUCCCAGCCUGGUAGACAAACAGAAGCUUCAGGAGUUGAUGAAGGAGGUGGCUGCCUACUGCAGCAAAAACCAGGCCUCUUUUUCCUCCACUGUCCUGAGCAGACCAGCUCCUGGGGCUGCCUGUUGUGCCCAGUUCUCUGAUGACAAUAACUGGUACCGUGCAGUGGUCCUGGAAGUUGGUGAGAAUGAGAUGAGCGUAAUCUAUGCAGAUUACGGAAACACUGAAAAGGUGCCGUUCUCACAAAUCUUGCCCAUCCCCAUGAACCUGCUGCAGCUUCCCUUUCAGAUCACCCGCUGCACCCUCACUGGUAAAGAGCACUUUCCUGCAGAAUGGCCAAAGGAAGUGCAGCAAAUGUUUCAAACCAUCCUUUUAAACGGUGUCAUAGCAACCGUCCAGUCCUUUGAUGGCUCUUCUAAUGUGCUCUCACUCACUCUGCCCCCUGAGAGGGGUGGGAGUCAGCUGACUGCCAUGAUAGUGGAUGCACUACAGGUCCAGGCCAAGAGCAGUCCUUUCCCACCCAGCACCCGGAGGCCUGACCAAACUGACAGCAGCACACCCACUGCCAGCACUAAAGCUUUGUCUUACUGCCCUGAGCCCAAGUCGAUGCCUGAAACCCGAACAGGGCUGCGACAUACAACAGCCACCCCAGUCCCCACCAUAACUCCAGAGCUAACACCCCAGACUACCAAACAGAAUAAAAACACUUGUGCAGAGUCAGUCAGGGAAGAUCCAGUGGAGAAGAUUAUUGAGCAAAUGGAGCCACCAUGCAAAAUUAACUCAGAAACCAAUGAUCUGGAGACCUCUGGCUGCUGCUGUCUGAGCCUGAAGACUAAGAUUGAUCAACUGGAACAGCUGAUGCAGCUGCAGCUUUCUCUCAUCAAGCAGUUAGCUGGACAGACAAAAUAAGAUUAACCACAUGCAUAACUUUAUAGUCCUGUUCACCAGCUUGUUGAAAUCAAGGUUGUGUUUU